GCAACAACGACGAGCAGCACGGCCUCGACCGAAUAUUGAAAGCAAGUGCAAGUGCGAUUAUUUUGCACAAGCUGCUUCGAAAGGCCCAGUGAUACCUGCGACUCACAACCUUGCCCAUAUUCAACGGGUUUAAUUACUUCCCUCCGGAAAAAUUUCUUCUGUUCUCGUUGCUAGUACAGCAACCUCAAUUCGAGACUUACCCAACCUUUAAAGUCGAUCCUUUUCGAUUCAUAUAACACAAUGGGCUUUGGUGCUCCCCGUGGACGUGGUGGACCCCCUGGGCGUGGUGGACGUGGUGCUCCCCGUGGAGGUGGUGGCCGCGGUGGCAGAGGCGGGCUUGGAAGCUCUCGUGGCCGUGGUGGACCCCGCGGUGGAGGUCGUGGUGGUCGUGGCGGUCCUCCUGGACGUGGUGGUCGUGGCGGUCGCGGCGGUGCUCGCGGCGGUGCUAAGGGUGGUGCCAAGGUUAUCAUUGAACCCCACCGUCACGCCGGUAUCUUUGUCGCCCGUGGUGGUAAGGAAGACUUGCUCGUCACCAAGAACUUGACACCCGGAGAGGCUGUUUACGGAGAGAAGCGUAUCGCUGUUGAGACUCCUACUGAGGAUGGUACCGCCAAUAAGACCGAGUACCGUGUCUGGAACCCCUUCCGUUCUAAGUUGGCUGCCGGUGUCCUCGGUGGUCUCGAUGAUAUCUACAUGAAACCUGGCUCCAAGGUUCUGUACCUUGGUUCCGCCAGUGGUACCUCCGUCAGUCACGUUGCUGAUAUUGUUGGACCUACUGGUAACGUCUAUGCUGUCGAGUUCUCUCACCGUUCCGGCCGUGAUCUGAUCGGCAUGGCCACCCACCGUACCAACGUCAUCCCUAUUGUUGAGGACGCCCGUCACCCUCUCCGCUACCGUAUGCUGGUGCCCAUGGUCGACGUCAUCUUUGCCGAUGUUGCUCAGCCUGACCAGGCCCGUAUCGUUGGCUUGAACGCUCACAUGUUCCUCAAGGAGGGUGGUGGUGUUAUCGUCAGUAUCAAGGCCAACUGUAUCGACAGUACCGCUAAGCCGGAGGUUGUUUUCACUCGUGAAGUUCAGAAGAUGAGAGAGGAAAGGAUUAAGCCUAAGGAGCAGUUGACUCUGGAGCCUUUCGAACGUGAUCACUGUAUCGUGGCUGGUAUCUACAAGCGUUCUGCAUAAAAGAAAAUGGGGGUCUGGUCUCUUUUCAUGUCUUAGUUCUUUAUGCUUUUUUUUCUGGCGUCAAGUGUUCUGUGAUAUGCUGAAAUGUUUCUCUUUUGCUAUCUCGAGGUUUCUUCUGAAUGUACUUUUUGAGUCAGAAAAUGUUCCACGGUUCCAGUUCCGGUUUCUUUCCUUGCAUUCAGUAUUGGAUCUAGUUGACUAUCUGCGAAGGAAUAGAGAGCUAUACAUUUCUGGUUUGCUAGAUAUCACAUUACCAUCCCUAAGCCGGUCUUAGGAUUGAACAUGUUUGUGAAGGAGCGUUCCUGCCUGCUAUUGUAGAAAGUUCUUCACAUCUUUAUGAAAAGAACAAGAACAAAUCGCGUGAAAGUCCAUAUUGUCUGGCUAGAGAACAUGUCGCCUGCCGAUAACGCGUUUCUCGGACUUU